UCUCUCGUAACGUCUCUGGUAUAUAUUGAGCUAAUAACCUAUGUUAAUUCAUCAGUUCUAUCGCGGAAGUCGAGGAAGAAAGAUCGAAAUGUUAGCUAAAAUUGUUAUUCUCGCUUUGGCCCUUGUGGCAACGUAUUGUGAAGAACACUCUUACACUCUUAAAACACAUAUUCAACAUGAGUUGCCGGAAGCUUAUAAGCAUUACGAACACAUUCCAGUGAGAUUGCAUCAGGAAACUAAAGAAGUUCAGUAUCAAAGUGAACCCGAAAGCCAUGGACAUGCGUAUUCAUCUCAAAACAUUGCUAGUCAUCAGCAGCAGCAGGAAUCUCACGAAGACGUUGGUCAUACCCGUCCAGUUUACGAAUAUGUUCCAGCUCACAGCGAGGAAAAUUUGCAUCAACAUUCUGUUCCCCAACAGAAACUUCAAGCUGUACACUACGCCCGUCCUUCGUAUCAUCAGCAAAGUCAAGAUCAUGCACCAGUUGUACAAAAUGACCAACCUCAGAUAAGUCAUUCGCAUGGAUCCAUGUAUCAUCAUUAUAAGACUCAUUCGCAACAAGCUCCAUCAUACCAUCACCAGCCAGAAUCUCACUCUCACCACUCUGAAGAUGAACCUGUCGAUUUCUAUGCUCACCCUAAGUAUCAAUACGAGUACAAUGUGGAGGACCCUCAUACUGGUGAUAAUAAAUAUCAACAUGAAUUCCGUGACGGGGAUGUGGUGAAGGGAGUGUACUCCUUACAUGAAGCUGACGGUUCAAUCAGGACUGUUGAAUAUACCUCCGACAAACACAAUGGGUAAAAUUCUUUGGAUCUUUGGAAGACAUGAACCAGGAACUUGUUACAAAAAUAAUUUUAAUAUUCAUUAUAGGUAAUAUGUAUAACUCUUUUUUUAUAUUUCCAGAUUCAACGCAGUAGUGAAGCAUACUGCCCCUGGUCAGCAUGUGCAGAUAGAAAGCCAUCAUCAUAAUUAGUUUUAGUUUUGCUGUUUAAGACUGAAGAUGUUUUGUUGAUAUUGUUACUAAAUGUGUAAUCCUAUAAAUUAUUGAUAUGCAUAAUAUAG